AUGCUGGAUUUUAGUUCAUCAGGUACGGCAGUUGUCUUGUGGGUUGUAGAGAUCUACGGCGUUGGAAACGCUGUAACUGACAAGGAUUUGAUGUUGAUAAGGUUCGACUAUGAAGAAGACCGUGAUGAUAUUGAUAUUGCCAGUGGAGUUGCGGAGGGGGCUGUUGAGACAUCUGUGAUGAGUAAAGAAAACAGUAAGAAAGCUGAAUGA